ACAGGAAGUCUAUGGCGGUAAGAAACAUUAUAGUAUGUGGACAUAUAUCCCAGGACAUCUCACAAUAAUGAACAUAACUCUAACCAUGUGACCUAUUUAUGUUCUCAGACCCAUGUCCAGGAGAACUUUAAAGGCCCUGUUGUUCCUUGUAGUAGAUUUGGUGUGCUGUAUGAUUUUUGACAUCAAAAAAUAAAAGACAGUCAUAAAACAAUAAAUAUUAGACUCCGGGCCCUUCCACCCAGAAUAUCUGCAUUGAACUGGGUUAUCUGAGUCCAUAUAUUCCAGUUCAAAGCAGAUAAUGUGGGAUCUUAUUCCGCUGUGUGGAAGGGGGCCUCAAUUACCUAGGAUUUCUUUUAAACCAGUGUUUUGAUGUUACCAUUAGAAAAUAAGUCAAACUUGCUGAGAAUUAAAAUACAGGUGUGCUUUGUUUCAUCUGAGCAUGACAAAAAAGUGCUAUGUGACUACAUCUGCUGGUUUAUAUUGCAAAUUGGGACAAAGUUGAAGUUUUAAAACCAUCAGAAACCUACUUUCUCCUUUUUUUGAUAAUGUUGUUUAGCAUUCUGAACAGUUCCUUUAAAGUUCAGACUGGCCUUAUCCACACUGCCCAUAUAAUACAGUAUCUGAAUGCAGUUUAAGUGCAUUGAACUACAUUUUAUGGCAAUGUAGACUCACAGAAUCCAAGUCAAUGCAGACUUUGAUAUAUGGCUGUAUCUCCCAUUUGGUACUCUAAAAAAGUCUUAAUGUCAGAAAUAUGCCCCUUCAUGUCUGCAAAUACAUUCCAUAUGCAUAAUUUUUCACUCCAACUUUCCACCUUUAUUGCAGACUAUAUAAUAUAUAUGUGAUUGUAGGAAUAUCUAUGGCUUUAUAACUUAUCAUUGAGGGAACAAUAGGUUGGUUUUUAAUCUUUCUGUAACUAAGAAGUAUGUUGAUCCAUUUCAUUGGAGUCAACUUUUCAUUAAUCAAAUGGUGGCAAGCCAUCUCAUUAAUUAGUCUUUAGCAGUCUUUUUGGAUUCAGAUGGACCUAUCAGGCCAAUUAAAGAUUUGUUUUUUAGUUUCAUCAACUCAGUUUGCAGAGUUGGAUACUAACAAUGAGACAAAUGCUGGAAAGCAGGCUCUUGUUUAACCAGAUUUAAACCCUGGAGUUUGAUCCUUUGGAGACCAUGUUCCCCAGGGUUUAGAUAUGAUCAGGAAAUGGAUCCAUUUUCAGAAGAUAUAUUAAUGUUAAACAAGUUCUAUAUAUAAAAAAGUCAGGAGACCAAAACACAACACUUGAGAAUGCAUCAGAAACCUGUGCCAUUCCUUUUUAAUACACCCAUCUUUAUUUGUUUUGUUAUCCUUUUCGCCAUGCUACUCAUAGCAGUUUUAAAGAAACCAUCUACUUUCAGAUUUAUGGUUUUCAUCAGUGUGAGUAUAACCAUACUACUGUAUUAUAUAUUAUGUAUAUUCUUCUUUCAUAGAAAUAAUAUUUUGUCCUGCUUUUAUCUGUUUUGUUUUUUAAGUUGCCUGAAAUACAGCCCUCACAAUUUAAAAUUUCUCUUUCACAUUAUUAUUAUUUUCAUUAAGAUCAAAUGCCUUGGGUGGACAUCCACUUGGAAGUUUUAUAUGAUGUAGUCUGCUCUGUUGCUUUAUCUUUUCAUUUUCUUUAUGAAAAAGAUACCUCUUUCACAACAACCUUUUGUUGGAUGGCACCUGAUCCAUGGCAUGAAUAUAUGUAAUCAAAUUAAGACAGUUUUCAGUUGUGAUCCUUAUGGGGUAUAAAUUCUUGUGGAUGUGGGUUUUUCUUCUUUUGAUGGUCAUUUAUUCAUUGAAAGUGAUUCAUGUAUAAAAUAUUGUAUUAAUUUAUUCACAUAAUUUUUAAAGAUACAGCUUCAAAAAUGUGGCAUAUGUAAAAAAACUCAUAUAGUUUGGGACAAUAAUGGUAGCUUACUUUUUUCAUCUAACAGAGGAAGAGCCAGUCUUGAGAUGGAUCUUUCAAACCAUACAACUGUGAGUGAAUUUGUUAUUGCAGGGUUUCCUAUCCUGCAACAGAACAGAAUUCCAGUGUUUGUUCUGAUUUUAAUUGUCUACAUAUUGACAGUGACAGGAAAUAUGAUCAUAAUCUUCAUCACCCGAUAUGAAGUUUCUCUCCACACCCCUAUGUACUUCUUCCUGGGUAACUUUUCUUUGUUGGAGAUUUGUUUUACUUCAGUCACUGUCCCAACAAUACUGGUUAAUCUUGUCCGGGAACACAAUGUUGUAUCCUUCACCAACUGUCUUGUCCAAAUAUAUUUCUUUCAUGCUCUUGGUGGAAUCGAAUGCCUUCUUUUAGCUGCUAUGGCAUAUGACAGAUAUGUGGCUAUCCGUUCUCCUCUAAGAUACAGCAUCAUUAUGAGUAGUUUUGUCUAUGGUCAGCUUGCUGCCUGGUCUUGGGCCAUUGGAUUGGUAUUACCAUUGGUGCCAGUAAUUCUCAUAUCUCAGCUAAAUUAUUGUGGAAGCAAUGUGGUAGAUCACUUCUUCUGUGACAUCUUACCUUUGCUGAGGCUGGUUUGCAAUAGGACUCAACUCAAUGAGAUGUUGAGCUUUUUCAUCUGUACAUUUAUUCUUGUUGGCUCAUUCACACUAACGAUGAUUUCUUAUGCUGCAAUUCUGAUCACUGUUCUGGGCAUUCCUUCUUCAAAGGGACGUAAAAAGGCCUUCUCUACCUUUGCUUCCCAUUUGACAGUGGUUUGUAUUUUUUAUGGGACAAUGAUGUUCAUAUAUGUAAGACCAACCAGAAAUCUCUCCUUCAACAUGGACCAUUUAGUUGCUGUGUUCUACUGCCUGGUCACUCCACUCUUAAAUCCUAUUAUAUACAGCCUCCGGAACAAGGAGGUUAAAAAGGCCCUUAGAAAUGUUUUCUGUAGAAACCUUGAAGAGCUGAAGUAAUUAUUUAGUCUCAUAGAGAAGACUGAGGUGCUCUAAAAGAAGAACAUGUACAUGAAAAUACAAUGACAAGCAAAAAUAAUACAACUAGAGAUUAUAUCAUCAUGCACUUUAAUAGACUGAUAUUGAUUGCAAUUGUUUUAUAACUGCAGCUAUUGAUGCAUUUUAUUGAUCUUAACCAGGGGGUUUUAUGAUGUUUAUGUUGGUUGUUAUUGCUUCUGUGUUAUUGUAUUUGCACUUUUUGUAUUUUAUGUGUUGCACCUUGAGUGAGACAGCCCGAGUCCCUCAGGGAAAUGGUGGCGGGGUAUAAAUAAAGUUUAUCAUCAUCAUCAUCAUCAUCAUCAUCAUCAUCAUCAUCAUCAUCAUCA